UCUUGGCGCUAAUAAAUAGGCUACGCAUUGUGCGUAAAGGCAGACUGUAUAAACAGCUGUAGUUGGUGCAAAGAAACGCCAUAUCUGGCAUCCGCAUACAUUCUCGAGUAGGGGGGGUCCAGGGGGCGCAGCGCACCGCCCCGAGUCCCGCGGUGAACUUUGUCACAAAUAGCACCAAGAUACUUUAUUUUCUCCUUCUCUGACACUCUACGCGGCAGACGUAACGACCUGGAGUGCUGUUUACAAGAUGUACAUGUGGCUGACAGCGCUGGCCGGACUGGCUAUUUUAUCUCUUUCAUACCUUAAAACUUAUUUAGGCCCAUACGUUACCGCGGACUGCGCUUCCAUGUGGAGAAGUAUCAAGUUGGGUAUAAGGCUAACAAAGUACAAGAAGAGUAAACCUUUUUAUAGUUUGUUGGACCACUUUUUGAAUGGAGCGAAACGGCAUCCAACCAAGGUGUUUGUGCACUUCGAGGGGCGCCAGUACACGUACGAGGACAUAGAUAAACAAAGCUCCAAAGUGGCCCGAGCGCUGCAGGCUGAGGCGACACUUAAAGAAGGGGAUACAGUAGCUAUGUUUUUGCCAAAUGAGCCCGCUUUUAUGUGGACAUUUCUGGGCCUGGCUAAACUUGGCUGCCCCGCUGCGCUUCUAAACUUCAACAUCAGAUCCAAGUCUCUGCUCCAUUGCUUCUCGUGCUGCGGAGCCAAAGUGCUCAUCACCUCUCCAGAGCUAAUAUCUGCAGUAGAGGAGGUGCUGCCCACUUUGAAGGAGCAGGGCAUCUCCGUCUUCAUCCUGGCGGACAGCUGCAACAUCCCUGGCAUCAACCCUCUCGCGGAGAAGAUUGAAAAUGCAUCGGAUGAGCCACUGUCCAAAGAUCUCAGAGCCAAUGUGACCAUCAAGACUACGGCGCUGUACAUCUACACAUCUGGGACUACAGGUUUGCCAAAAGCAGCUGUAGUGACCCAUGAGCGUGUGUGGGCAGCCUGUUUCAUCCAGGCCGCACUGGGUGUCACCGCGGACGACAUCUUCUACAUCAACCUGCCCCUGUACCACAGCGCGGGCUUCCUCAUCGGGAUGUCAGGGGGCAUCGAGAGGGGUAUGACUAUGGUGUUGAAGAGGAAAUUUUCGGCCUCUCAGUUUUGGGAUGACUGUCGAAAAUACAAUGUGACCGUGAUGCAGUACAUUGGAGAGACACUGCGCUAUCUCUGCAAUACUCCCAAGAAAGACAAUGACAAGCAGCACAGAGUGAGGAUAGCCAUCGGAAACGGCGCCAGGAUGGAUAUUUGGACUGAGUUUUUGAAUCGAUUUGGGGAUGUUCAGAUACGAGAGCUGUACGGAGCCACUGAGGGGAACAUAGGAUUUAUCAACUACACCAACAAGAUCGGACCAGUGGGACGGAUUAACCCACUGCAUAAGUUUUUCUUUCCUCACAAAUUGAUCAAGUUUGAUGUUGAGAAAGAGGAGCCAGUCCGAAACUCUGAGGGUCUUUGCAUUGAGGCGUCUCGAGGGGAGACUGGGCUGUUGGUUGGAGAGGUGACCCUGAGAUCACCGUUUGUGGGAUACGCCGCCAACAAAACCCAGACUGAGAAGAAGAGAAUCCGGGACGUCAUGAAGAAAGGAGACCUGUACUUCAACACUGGGGACCUGAUGCUCAUUGACUCUGAAAACUUUGUCUACUUCAUGGACCGAGUGGGGGACACUUUCAGAUGGAAAGGAGAAAACGUUGCUACAUCUGAGGUUGGAGACAUUCUUAUAACAGCAAACAGCAUUUUAGAAGCAAAUGUUUAUGGAGUUAAAGUUGAAGGUCACGAGGGUCGGAUCGGGAUGGCGUCUGUGACCCUGAAAGAAGGAGAGGAUUUUGACUGCUCUGACGCCUACAAAAAAGUGGUGACCUACCUCCCUGCCUACGCUCGCCCACGCUUCAUCCGGAUUCAGACGAGUCUGGAAAUGACUGGGACAUUCAAGAUGAAGAAAGUGAAGUUAGUGAAGGAAGGAUUUAACCCUGCGGACAUCUCAGACCCUCUUUAUUUUCUGGAUACAGAUAAAAAGUCAUACGUUCCUCUCACUGAAGAGAUUUACAAUGCCAUAAUGUCCAGGGAAAUCAAACUUUAACACAAAUUAUUCUUUAAUCUUGUUUUCAAUUGUCCAACAACCCUCUAACUCAGGACGGACAUUGAAACACUUCUGAGACAUAGGGUUAAAGGCCAAGUAAGGAGCCGUGUGUUAUUCAGUUUUAAUGCAUAAUUUGGAGUCCAUAGCAUGUUUUAAAACUGCCAAACACACGGCUCAAAUUUAUUUGUUUAAUGUGCUUAUACCACGGGUACAAACUGAAAUGGCUCAAAAUAUGUAUCUAAAAAGCCGGUUCAUGGUUUGUAAAUGUCUGAAAUUGUAGUUAUUCCUGUGUUUAUAUUAAGCUAGUCCCUCCAGUCUACAGUCACAGCAGUCGAGUAUUUGAUUACAUGUUAUUUGGUGAAGGCAGCAGCAGUGAUACAAAAUGUGAUUUAACCGUUAUCAGACUACUUUGUGCUAUGCUAACUGAAUGGCCAAAAGCAUAUUUGCAUUUUCUAUAAUUUGUAUAUUUUCUAUCAUUGAUAAUUGUUUACUGGCUGGUGAAGCUUUGCCUUGAUUCUAUUCAACUUGUCUGCCUCAUGAGUAUGUUUACUUUUUCUGGGCAGUUUUAACUAACAAUCAGUAUCAUUGUUUUGUACUUCUUUUUUGGCAAUGGAAAAGCAAUUCACCCUAAAUAACUUUUAUGAUGCAAUUGCUGAACCUGUGAUAAGCUUAAAUGAUUCUGAAGUAAGAGUGAAUAUAUUUUUGUCAGCUUUAUUUAUCCUAUACUGUUUAUUUUGGUCAGACUGUAGGUGGUACUGCUAUGGCUCGCCGCUGAAGUUUUGAAACCAUACUAAAUACCUCAAUAAAAUGGGAUAAUGCCUUGGU